UUCCACACUCGUGGCUGUCCAUCGAUUGAUGAGCAGACGAUUCUACAAAAAUACAUUAAAUUUACUCUAUCGACAAAAUCGCCAUAUAUUCACAUAUAGCAAGAAUAGCUUGUUAUCGUCUGGUAGAUUCAGCCUCAAGAAUCAAAAAGCCUUGUACUAUGUCAAACCUAAGCAAAAAAAGGGUCCUUCAGCCAGGGGAUGGAUAAUAUUUGGGGCUGGCAUGGCCUCUCUGACUACAGCAGCCGUUACAUACCUGGGUUUUCCUGAUCCAUCUUUAGAACAGGAUCCAUAUAAAAAUGAAUCAUUGCCUUUACAAUAUAUUUAUAGGACAAGAGAUAAGAUUUGGGAUUUUUAUGAGAUGUUUGCAGAACCAUCAAGUAAGCUACUUCUACCAGAACCUUUACAAGAGCCCUAUAUCCAACCUCCUUAUACUCUGAUACUAGAAAUGACAGACACACUUGUUCACCCAGAGUAUGAUCGUAAAAGUGGAUGGAGAUUUCGCAAACGCCCUGGCAUUGAAUUCUUCCUCAACAGUUUAGGGCCACCCCUGUUUGAAAUCAUACAUGUAGUUAUGAGACGAUCUGUUGAGCCACACAGAAUGCGAGAUAUUUCUCGUCCAAUGAGAAUAAGCGCUGGAAAGCCGAAGGCCCGUAUGAAUGGCUUUGUAACAUGGCCAAACGUUUGCUUUAAAAUCGUAGAGUUACGAGAUAAGUUUAACGGUAUAAACCGUAUCACGUGUUGAGGCUUCGUAAAAAAAAUUUUGUCUAGAAACGUUGUCUAGUGCCUAGUGUAUAAAUAAAACCAAUAAAAACAAGG